CGAGAGUAUUUCGUUCGUAUACGGAUAAAUAAUUAAACAAUGCAAUAUUUACGACAUUCAAUAUAUGCCAAAAAGUGUUGACAUGUUAUCCUAUGCGCAGCUGUGUCGCACAAACAAUAUGUUGUAUUAGUUAAAAUUGUCAUUCUGAAUCCGAUAUACACGCGGAAAUCAUAAACAGGUCCUUAACAUCUAGGUUAACAACAAUAUUGUGAUGGAAUGGGUUCAUUUCAAUACUGAGUUCCACACUGGUCCCAGGAGUCCACUCUACACGUUUAUCGAUUUAAUCAGCACCAUAACUGUAAUACAAUCGGUCCUGGACGAUUAUUUGUCUCCAGGCUCUUCCAGAAACAUUACCAGAGCGACAAUUGAUGAUGCUUCUUUCACAUCAGUCGCGUCAUGGUAAAAAGGUUGAAUUGAUUGAUUGGGUACAAAGGCUUUCACGUGACAAAACAGAACAGUGAUCAAUAUCUUUAUUAGAUCAAGCAAAUAUAAAAGAAAAUGCCAGGGACCUCAUGGUAUUAGCGAGAGUUGCUCCAAGCAAUAUAACUGUGUAAGACGGAAGAAAAUGGAUUAAAAACUGUGCAGCAAGAGGAACUUGACAAUGGAUCAUAGUGACCGCUUUCUGUCACCGAAUGUAGCGGAGGAUCACGGACACCACACGAGAUCGAGGUCCUUCAAGGGUCGCCCCCGGCCAAAGGAACACGAGGAACAUGAAUUCCGCCCCCGGAGGAAUAGCAUGCCAUCACACCAUCAUACACACCGUGGACCUUCUCCUAACAAUAUCACGACGGACGGAGACGAGGAGGAAUCUAAAGGAGCACUUUGCAGGGUACGGUCUUUUAAGACAACAUCUAAAGGUGGUAUUGUGAAUCGUGGUGACAGCGUCAAACGCAAUAGACAUAAAGACCACUUGCAUGUUUCGGACAGUUUUUCUUCGUCAGACACUGAAGUUCGCCAUGUCUCCAGCUCAGAUUUAGAGUGUGUUGUGCGAGAUGAAGAGACAGAGAAUGUGCCUUUUACUGUUGUUGUGUUAGGGCCCGCUGGUGUUGGAAAAACUCUUCUGACAACACAGUUUAUGACGUCAGAGUACAUUGGAACGUCAUCUGAUGGCGACGGGGGUGACAAAACAGUGACGGUACAACUAGACGGUGAAGAGUCCACUAUCCGAUUUAUAGAUCCAUCCAGGGAAGAGGAGGAUGUGAACGAACAUGAAGUUGAUGCCUACCUCGUUGUUUUCUCCGUCAACGACCGGUCAACGUUUGAGAUGGCGGUCGAGACCCUGUUUCAGAUACGACAUGAGCUCUGUUCCACGAAGGCCGUUAUUUUGGUCGCCAACAAAAUUGAUAUUGUUAGAAAAAGGGUCAUUUCUUCAGAGGAAGCUCGAGCGGCCGCACACCAGUAUGACAGCAAAUAUGCUGAGACAUCAGCGGCCCUAAAUCAUCACGUGGAUGAACUUCUGGUCGGUGUGCUUAGUCAGAUCCGGCUGAAGCAUGACCCGGAAGCAGUUGAGGAGCAUGAGGCGCACAAAAACCACAAGGAACACCGAAGGGGUUCCUUUCGAAUUGCCAAAGGAAUUCUAACAAAACUGUUCAGAAAACACAGUAAAAAAGACAAGUCAUGCGAGAAUUUGUACGAGUUGUGACGUCAUAUUCUUCAUUUGAAUUUCAGUGGUUUACGUUUAAUAACCAUUGAAAAAAUUUGUAAAUUUUUGCUUUUAUAUUUGCGAUUGCAAUAUUUGUAGUAGCUGUUGAUUUUGUUGUUUUUUUCCUUUUUUUCUUGUGUCAGACAAGAAGUCACUAGUAACAUUUAUUCUAAAAUUCUUCCAUGCUUGACCAAUCAAAAAUACAAAGGCAUUUACCAUGACACUGUAAAUUUGGUUUUUCUUGAAAGUUUUUAUUGAGUGAAAACAUUGUUGAAAACAUAAUCUUAUUGUUCUACAAUAUACUAUACAGAAAAUAUGUCUCAGUGUUCACUUCCUUUUCUUCAUUAAAUGCAUUGCAAAGGAAUUUAUAGAGGUUGGUAAUAUCUAAAAGUGAGUUGGUCUCUUACUCUUUCUGUUAAUGCAAAUUUAAAGAGAAAAAGAACUAUUGUGCAUUUGUCAGUUAUUUUUGAUCUGAAAAUUACAAAAACAAAAUUGGUUUCAGGUGAACAAAAGACAUUUACUAGUAGUUUAAAAUAAAGUUUUGCAAUGUUACCGAGUUUCAUCCUUUUUACCGAAUGGCGCAUCAUGUAAUUAAUUUUUAUGAAAUCGGUACUGAGUGCACCUAAAUUUGACAAUUCCAAAUAUUUGUUUUUUUAACUCAUAACUUCAAAAUUUACAUUAUUCCUUAUAUCCUUUACAUAUGGUCAAUCAACUCUUUCAGUGAUAUUUAACAAGGAACCAAGCUGCUUUUCAGUGUUUAUUUCGAUCUUCUUGACAAAUUAUGUUUUCAAAUAAC